AUCUCUACUGUUUAGAGCCCGGCUAUAGCCAUUGCGGGGUCACCAGGUUAGAGGGCAAUCAAUCCAACAUGGCGGCACAGGCGAGGAAGGUGUAUGAGCUGUUUGUGUCCCAGGUCCCGUGGACCGUAGCCAGCCGAGAGCUGAAGGAGUAUUUUUCACAGUUCGGGACGAUAAGGAAAUGUCUUCUGCCUUUUGACAGAGAGACGGGCUUUCACCGCGGGUACAGCUGGGUCGCGUUCACGACGGAGGAAGGUUUGCAGAACGCCCUUCAGAAGGACACCCACCUCCUGGAAGGCGCCAAGCUCCAGGUGCAGCAGAAGAGAAGCCCAACCGUCCAGACAAACAGACCAGAAACCAACGGCAGCUGAAUACAGAAAUUUAUUGUACAGAGGAUUAAAGCUUUAAAUAAACUCAAUUUAAAAAUGAAAA